GCAAAAACAGCAACAGCGCUGAGCUGCUCUUUUUCUCUCUCUUCUUUAUCCCCAAAUGGCAGCUUCCUCCUCCAUUCCCUUUACUCUUCGUCUAGCCUCCGUUUCCAAAAAGAAAACAGCCCUUACUCUAAGCCAAAGUGUCAAAACGCGCAGCAGCUCUGCCAUGAAGAAGCAUCUCGUUUUUUUAACUUGCUCACUUUUACUCUUUAACUUCUUCCUUUUUUUCGCCAUCGAAGAUGACAUCACUUGUCUCCAAGGCCUGAAAAGCUCCCUCAACGACCCGGAAUCCCGUCUUUCCACGUGGAGCUUCACCAACAGCUCAUCAACCUCCGUUUGCAAUCUCACCGGCGUCUCAUGCUGGAAUGACAAGGAAAACCGAAUCAUUAGCCUCCAACUCUCUUCCAUGAAGCUGUCGGGUCAGUUGCCGGACUCUUUGAAGUACUGUCGGAGCCUCCAGAAUCUAUAUCUUUCCAAUAACUCUCUCUCCGGUCCCAUUCCUAACGAUAUCUGCUCUUGGCUUCCUUAUCUCGUACGUCUCGAUCUCUCCGGUAACCGUCUCUCCGGUUCUAUCCCUCCUCAGAUCGUUAACUGUAAGUUCCUAAACGACCUCGUUUUAGACGAUAACAAGUUGUCCGGUUCGAUCCCUUACGAGCUUGCCAGGUUGGACCGGCUUAAACGGUUUUCCGUUGCGGAUAACGACUUGUCCGGCUCGAUCCCGUCUGAUCUGGCGAGAUUCGGCAAGUACGGUUUUGACGGUAACAGUGGACUUUGUGGGAAACCUUUAUGGAAAUGCGGUGGAUUGAGCGGUAAAAAUCUUGGAAUUAUCAUAAUAGCCGGUGUCAUCGGGGCCGCCGUUUCGUUAAUCGUCGGUUUCGUGGUUUGGUGGUGGUUCUUUCUCGGAGCUGGUGCAGGCGAAAAAAGAAAGAAAAGUUACGGCUUUGAGGGCAAAGAUGAUAGUAGUUGGAUUGAAUUGUUGAAAUCUCAUAAGCUUGUUCAAGUUUCUUUGUUUCAAAAGCCUAUAAAUAAGAUUAAAUUGGCGGAUUUAUUGGUUGCAACGAGCGAUUUCGAUUCGGACAAUGUGGUGAUUUCGACGAGGACAGGAGUUUCGUACAAGGCGGUGUUGCCCGACGGAUCUGCGUUGGCGAUUAAGAGGUUAAGCGCUUGUAAGCUUAGUGAGAAACAGUUUAGGUCGGAAAUCAAUAGGUUAGGACAACUUAGGCAUCCGAAUUUGGUUCCUCUUUUAGGGUUUUGUGCUGUGGAAGAAGAGAGGUUUUUGGUUUAUAAGCAUAUGCCUAAUGGGACAUUGUAUUCUCAGUUGCAUGGAGCAAGUGUUGUUGGUUUUGGGGAUGGGACGUUUGAGAUUUUGGAUUGGUCAACAAGGCUUAGGAUUGGUGUUGGUGUGGCUAGAGGCUUAGCCUGGCUUCACCAUGGAUGCCAACCGCCCCAUGUGCAUCAGUAUUUCAGUUCCAAUGUUGUGCUUCUUGAUGAUGAUUUUGAUGCUCGAAUAACGGAUUUUGGCUUGGCAGGAUUGAUGGGGUCUCGUGAUUCGAAUGACAGUUCAUUUAUGAAUGGGGAUUUAGGGGAGUUUGGUUAUGUGGCUCCUGAGUAUUCUAGUACUAUGGUUGCUUCUUUGAAAGGGGAUGUUUAUAGUUUUGGGGUUGUGUUGUUGGAGUUGGUUUCGGGUCAAAAACCAACUGGGAUUAGCAAUUCAGAGGAAGGAUUUAAAGGGAAUUUGGUGGAUUGGGUUAAUCAGUUGUUCAGCAAAGGUCGAGGCACGGAUGCUGUUGAUAAAGCCUUGUUUGGAAAGGGUCAUGAUGAUGAAAUUAUGCAGUUUCUGAGAGUUGCUUGUACUUGUGUAGUUCCUAGGCCAAAGGACAGACCUUCUAUGUACCAGGUUUAUGAAUCGUUGAAGGGCAUGGCCGAGAAACGUGGUUUCUCUGAACAGUAUGAUGAAUAUCCAUUGAUCUUUGGGUAACAAGAUCAUGAUUACAAGGAGUAAACUUGGUGGGGGGAAUAGGAUAAGAAGCAGAAAAAACUCGUUUAUCUUCUUUGACAGUUGCAGCAAUUGGACAUAUCUGUGCAUUAUGCAAUGCUCUUUUUUUAAGGCAUUUUCAGCAAUUGGUAUGAUUUCCACUUGAACAGGAUUCCCUGUUCUGUUGUAAAUUACAUGAAAUGAACCAUUAUGCACUUAAUCACUAGCUUUAAUGCAGUUGAAAUUUUCUUUAUUAUCCUCGUAAUGCUUAAUUCAGCUUUUGAAUUCCUGUGAGUUCUAGGAGUUGCUCCGUUUCUGAAAGUUUCUCAGGUAUACAGGAUAACAGGAACGCAAGCAGGAAGAUUAUGUCAGGUUAAUGUUGCGGGAAUGAAAUCUUAUUAUCAGUUCUUGUUGCGAUUCAAAUUUUGAACAUUGAUGUGAUCGCUGUUUUCUGUUU